ACAAUAAACUUACAACGUACAGAACUUUGCAUUUAUUUACGGGAGUUUACAGUGCUGCACAAGUCACCUACAAGUUAUUCUUUUGCAGACUCCGACGAAAACUUGUUGUGAUAAUGGAGGACCACCAGCCCCAGGACGACUCACUCCUGCGCGCCGGGAGCGAGGAGGCACUUGUUUCCCCCAGAGCCCCCCCAGGUGGUUCAAACAACCGUGCGUUCAAGGUGGCAGGCCUGACCGUGCUAGCGUGUCUGCUUCUGGCCAGCCAAGGCCUCACAGCCUACCUGGUGAUCUCCCAGAGGGGCCAGAUCCACAACCUGCAGAAGAACACUGACAGGAUGAACAAGAAGAUCACCGUCCGGUCCCACGUGGCUCCUGUUCAGAUGCAUGUCCCCAUGAACACCAUGCCUCUGCUGAAGGAUUUCAGCGACGAGGAACCCAAGGAGGCCCAGACUCCGAUGAGUAAAUUGCAGUUCACUGCAAUCGUGUCUGUGGAGAAGCAGGUGAAAGAUCUCCUCCAGAACGUUUCCCUUCCCGAGUUCAACCAGAGCUUCCUGAAAAACGUCCAGAGCCUGCAGACUAAGAUGGAGUCAGAGGAGUGGAUGAGCUUUGAGACCUGGAUGCGUCACUGGCUGAUCUUCCAAAUGGCCCAGCAAUCCCCCCCUGUGCCAGCCCAGGCUCUGCAGACCAAGUGCCGCCUGCAGACCAGGAUCCUCGGCUCCUACCAGCCUCAGUGUGACGCGCAAGGCCACUUCAUGCCCAUGCAGUGCUGGCACUCCACCGGGUACUGCUGGUGCGUGGACAGCGAGGGGACUGCCAUCCCCGGCACCGAGAUGCGCGGCAGGCCCACCUGUGGUGGAGUCCCCAAGCCGGCCCCAGGGCUGCGUCGGAUGGUCCCCAUGCUGAAGACCAUGCAGCUGGAGUCUGUUCAAGAUAAGUAACCGGCUGCGUCCAGUGAAGCGACGGCUCCUGCCCUGCUGUCAGCAUGCUCUAUGAUGGCUUUCAUCUCUCACCAAUAAUGUUGGCAUUAUGCUGAUCCUUUUUGAUUUUAUUCCACAGCUACCAGCUAACUUUAUCAUACUAAUCGUCUACAUUAAAUAUUUCUUUUUUUUGUUGCAAUAGAUACUAAAUUAAAUGAGUGGAUACAAAAAUAGAGAUGAUAAACAGUGUGUUACAUUGGGAUUCUGCAAUAAUGUCAAGCACUUACUUUUUGGAUAAGGUUCUGUCAAAGAUUUUCAUGAAGCUAUAUAACUAUAUUUCUACGGUUCAGUACUGUUAGUGGGGAGGUGAAACUCCCAAAUGCAUGUACUGUGUGGGCCUAAUAAAGUAUGCUUUUCCCUAAUAAAAUUAGUUCUAUAUGCAUCUACCUACCAAGAUGUAUACAAUAUCACAUGGUCACAUAAGAUAUACUAUAUACAAAAAUAUAUAAAUAUAAUGUACUAAAACAAACAGUAAAGCAAUCAAUGACAUAUUAAGGUAUGCACUGCUACAUUCGUCAGAGUUGAUGGCUCUACACUUUUGCUUCAAGCUGUCUAGUCCCACAAGCUGCUGGUCUCUGGUCUAAGGUGUUUACAGUAUACAGAAGGGGUCAUGAGACAUACUGGUACUCAUAUAUGCUAGUGGAAAACCUUGACCUGUGAUGAGGGUGAGUGGGAUGACAUAUUACAUUCUUACAUGUCCUACAAAUCAAGAAUCAGAGUUCAUAAGUAUAUUCAGGAGAGCUCAGGAUUUCAGUUUGCAUUCUUAUGUAUUCGUAGUUCUUAAAUUAAUUUAGAAAUUAAUUACUAAACUGUGUGUGUGUGAAUAUGUAUGUAUUAUACCUGUAUUGGUUGGUUGAAGAUAAAAAUAAAAAAAUAUUUUAAAAGGUGAA